AUGCGCCGAAUUGCCUGGAUUUCCCUUCGCCCUGUCGCGGAUCAGGCUAAACGCUAUUCAACCGGGCGCGAUCCACAGGCUGACCUGACCGCUCUAGCCAAGCAACAUGCGCGAAGAGUUGCCCAGAAGCUUGGAGCUUCAAGGGGUUUAAUUUUUCUGUCUGGGCAGCCCACGAUCAACCUGCGUGACUCGGACCAAUCACGCCCAUUCCGGCAAAGGCGCUACUUCUACUACCUGAGCGGAGCCGACGAGGCCGACUGCUCCCUAACCUACGAUAUUGAGCGAGACCUUCUCACUCUUUUCGUACCCGACUUUGACCUCCACCGCGCCAUAUGGAUGGGCCCUACCCUCUCGCGGGAGGAGGCACAGGAUCGAUACGAUGUGGACUACGUUAGAUAUCACACCUCGCUCAAGUACGAGCUCCAAGAAUGGCUGGAUGAGCGCAAGCAGGGGAGCGAGUUGUACCUGAUCCAUGAAUCGGAAUUGCCCAAAACUCUACCCAAAGACCUACCCGUGAACCUUGGAAGCCUGAUACCCGCUAUGGACACGGCGCGAGGCAUCAAGGACGAGUACGAGAUUCGAAUGAUUCGCGAAGCCAAUAGGGUCUCUGGGCUUGCGCACCGCAGGAUAUUAGAAAAUAUCAAGUCCUUUUCCAACGAGUCGCAGAUUGAAGGGUCAUUCCUGAAUACCUGUAUCUCGCACGGGGCUCGCAAUCAGGCAUACCAGAUCAUCGCCGCAUCGGGGCCGAAUGCAGCAGUCUUACACUAUGAUCGGAAUAACGAACCCCUCCACAAGAAGCCGCUCGUCUGUCUCGAUGCCGGCGCGGAAUGGAACUGCUACGCAAGUGACGUAACACGGACCUUCCCAUUGACAGGCGAAUGGCCCAGCAAGUAUGUGCGAGAUAUCUACAAGCUGGUAGAGCGCAUGCAGGAAGAGACCAUCCGCCGGGUCGGUAAAGGGGUGCGCUAUCGAUCACUUCAUGGUCUCGCCCAUGACAUUGCAAUCGAGGGACUGUUGGCCCUCGGUGUGCUGAAGGGCGAAGUUGGCGAGAUUCGUGACUCCGGCGCCUCAAAGGUUUUCUUCCCACAUGGCUUGGGUCAUCACGUUGGUCUCGAGGUGCACGAUGUGUCCGAAGGUUCAAUCAUGGCGCUUGGUGCUCGCCGUCGCCUGAAUUGGGCAUCCGACUACCUCUCGCCCUGCACCCUUUCUGCACCCUUGUUGGGAGAGGGUAUGGUGAUCACUGUUGAGCCGGGUCUGUAUUUCUCGCCUCUGGCUCUGGGCGAUGCGCGCAAGCAACCUUAUGCCAAAUACAUCGACUUUGAUGUCGCGGAGAAAUAUGUGCAUAUUGGAGGUGUCCGUAUUGAGGAUGAUAUUCUUGUGACCGCUACUGGCUACGAGAAUCUCACUACGGCCCCCAAGGGCGAGGAAAUGCUCGCUGUUAUUCGGGGAUCUGCAUAG